GCAUUCGUAUCGCGUUCGCGUAACUGUGCACAUUGCAAAUUCGACUAGGUGGCUUACGGAAGCUGCCAAGCGGUUGUAUAGCAGAGAAAAAAUAAAAGCAAAAAUAAAAUUAGUGAAAAGUGCAAGGAGGAAAAGCAGUGACAGCAACAGGAAUUGCGCUGCUAAUAGUUGAAGGCGGUCAUUGCCAUAAAUAGCUGACAGGUUGCUUGUCAUUUGAUAUGUGUUGAUGGCCACAAAGGAGGGACUAGCCAUUUUGAAAGUGAUAUUAAAGAGAAUUGAAUUAUAAUAAUUAAUUAAUUUUAAAAGCCGCAUAAAGCUUGCAAAAAUCAAUAAUAAAAAAAACAUUAUCGGUAUAUAAACAAAUUGUGUAAAUUGUGUAAAAUUUUUAUAUUUUUGUGUAAAGCUGAAGUAGAAAUGCAUUUACAGCAACUGAUGCGCUUGCAGUCUUACAUAUUAUUUUGUGUGUAUUUAGUGGCAUAUUAGGAAAAAAAUCAGUUACAUUAAUUAAUACAAGCAACGUUAAUUACAAAGCUAAUCAAAAAAUACCAACUAAUAGUUGAUCGUAUUAUUAUUGGGUACAAUCAUUGGUGAACGCGGCGUACAAUUGCCGCUAUGUGUUGCUGAAGGAAGCCAACAAGUAUCACAAGCGACAUAAAUAACACUAGCUUACACAAAUAAGAGCAAAUCCAAUUAGAAAAAUAUUUGCGUGAUAAAAAGACACAACUAGCGCGGCGUACUUAUUUGGCCACCCAGCGGGCGGCGCCACUUGCGGAGCACAUAGGUCAACGGUGGCACAAUCGGCGCACGCGACAUUAGCGCCCUCACACAUACAUACCUUUUCGAAUGUGAAUUUCAAACCACCGAAGCAUAGCGCCACACAUUGCGAGCGCCAGCAAAACGCGCACGAAGCGCCUAUUAGCGAGCGGGUAUUGAGCGCCAACAGCAGCGAGCGUUUGUCGAAAUUUUCAGUGUGUUUAGUGCGCGUACGAACCAAGCGUGAAACGCACCGCUGCGUCGUUUGUGUUAAUAAUAUAAUAUUACAAUUAAAUGUGUUAGGUGGCGCGCGUUUACGAAAACGAAAUAUAAUUUAAUAAUAUAUGUGUUUUAUUCUUAUAUAGCAUUUAACUACUUACAUACAUACAUACAUAUACAAAAUUAAAUUAAAAAUAAUUACGAAAAAAAUUACUACAGAAAAAAAUUCAAAAUCGAGCAAAAAAAUUUAAGUGUUAAAUUUUGCUGACCAAGCAAGCAAAACUCCGUUGCUCAAACAUAAUAAAUAUAAUAAACUACAGCGUUUUGUACGCGCGUUGUAAUUAUGGCCGCUACACCGCUGACCCUGAUGGAUGGCGGCCUCGCAUCAGCAACGGUUACAGCAGAUGCCAAUGCAACUUUAGAUAGUGCUGACGCUGUGGCCAAAACCGCGCCGUCAUCCGCCAUACGUCCAACAAUGCUUUUUGGCUCUACGGAACGUUUAGAUACAUCCGCCAAUAUGUUGGCCUCACCGCAUGGCAGCAGCGGUGGUAAUUCCGCCGCCACAUCGCCCUCAUUCCUGCCGGAGAUGCCGCAGUGGAAAAAAGACUUGAUACAACGCCGCAAAUCGAAUGUGGCACGUACGAUUGGCGCAGCAGUGUCACCGACAUCAGCGGCAUCCGCUGCAGCAAUGCAACAGCAACGCUAUUCACUGACGGGUGGUCAACUGCAAUCGCCAACAACAGCUGCAGAUGGUUUUUCACCGACAACAACAACAGCAAUAUCAGUAACACCAACCAGAGACUUAUCUGCGGUCACUUCCAAGUCCGCAACUCAAGUAGCUACAACAACAACCAAAGUGAGCAAACUAACAGCUAGUCAACAACAACAGCAACAUCAACUGGAGCAAGAACAACUGUACCAAUACCAACAAAAGCAUGCAACGGUAAUCACAGCUGAACAGCAACAACAUCAAAUGAGUCUGAUAAUGAAAAUGACAGCGGCAACGGCCGCAGCAUCAUCUCCCACAGCCUCAGGCACAAUUGUUUCACCAAUACCGCGCGCAUCAAAGCGCAAUUCACCAGCAGGCAGCAACAAUAGCUCGCCAAGCAAAGAAAAGUCUGAAAGAAUUCUACUCGGGGGUCAUUACACGACACAGCCGCAACCGGGCAAAGAAUAUUGUGAGAGCGGCGGUGAUCGCGACAGCGAUUGGGAUACACGCAGGCAAAUGUUGUCUCCAACAACAACAACAGCACCACCAAUAAGUGGUAUAACAACAAUAACACCACUACACAAAACUAUAGCGCCAAUACCAAAGCAAAGAUCAGCGUAUUCACCGGUGAAGAAUGCUUCUGCAGCUGCAGUCAAAGAAUCGGUUUCGGGCCAUACAAAUCAGCUAGCGAGCGAGCAGAGAGUUAGCACAACAACUCGUCUAACAGGUACAACUGGCACAGCGGCGCUGAGAGCGGAGCUGCAGAGCACAGCUGGUGGUGAUGGUGGCGGUGGCGGCAGCGGUACCCACUUCGGUGUCGACGAUGGUACCACCACUCCAUACAACGUCUCAGCUGUUGCCGCUGGCAGUGGUCAUGGCGAUGGCGAAGAAUGUAUGGCAGACGAAAAGCAGGAAAAUGAAACAAUACACAGAGCAACGGCAGCCGAGAGCGGUGGUGAAAUGUAUGCAACGACUGGCAGGCAAAUACCAUCCACAAUGUCUGGUUCGCCAACUAGAGCGAGUGUGAGUGUAGCGUCGCCACUAUCGCCCAAGCUAGUCGCUGCACAAGCGGCUCUGUCUCAGCAAUCGCAACAGUUUCAUUCGAAGAACGAACGCGAACGGACGUACACGGAACAGCGCGGUACGUCAACGUCGUCGUCGGCCGGGUCUAAUAGUAAUACAAAUACCACAACCAAAGUGCAAACGCAAGAAAAUACCACAAUAAUCAACAACAGACAUUAUAACGCCUCAACUAGUUCGUAUUCGCCCUCAAAUUACGCGAUCCCACAGCAGAACAACAGUGGUGUUAGUGGUAGUGGAAAAAUCUUUUCGAAACUACACAAUAAUCAGUUUAUAAAGAAUCAACAGCAGCAGCAUCAACAACUGCAGCAGACCGGCGCGCAACCGAGCACCGCAACACAAUCGAAUAUUACGGCACGUUAUCUGAAAUACAAGUCGCAAGCAGCGCAUGCGCAGGAAUCUGGAAGCGGUAGUGAAACUGGUUCGACAAGCACCAACUACUCAGGCUCGCCAACCAAAUCGUUUGUGGCACCCACUGCAAGUGCAAUCAAAAAGAAAAUGGUUGCCGUGCAGGAAAUGAAGAAAACAACACAACCAAGUAGUAAUCAUGGACAACUGCAUACGCACCGCACACACCACAAUCAUCAACAGAUGAUUAGCGCUGGUGGCGGUGGUACAUGUGCGCGUACAGCGUUGAGCGGUGGCCGCGCACAGCCGCCCAGCCAAACGGAUGAGGUUAACUUCGAUCCAGCCGAGGAUCUCAGCUAUGGGCCAGGUAUUGUGUCUAAGUUGCGUUGCCGUUACCUUAGUCUCGCAUUUCGCGAAUCUAUGGAAAAGGAACGUCAUUGUUUGGAUAACAUGCGUCGCGCUACUAGCCUCAAUAAUUUACUUGAUCGUGACGAUGCGCACGAUGAGGAUGAGCCUGAAGAUGAUUUGGACAGCGGUGGUGCCGUCGAUGUGGAGGUACAUGAUGACGAGGAGUAUGUGGAGUUACGCGCUGAUGCGGAUAGGACACCAAACACUGAACGGAAAUUGAAAACACAGGGUAUAUUAAAGCACAGCGGCGAUGCUGCUACACAAGACAACACCAAAAAGACAACAACGUUUCAGAAAAAUGCAAACGCUUUUGCUGCAAACGGUACGCGUUUGCUAAAUUCGGCACCGGUCGGCAGCGCAGGCGACGCGGUAUCGUCAGCCAACGUCGCGGCGCCCGAUACACCGCGUUCGCGUCACGUCAAACGCGGUAAUGAUUCGUUAAAACGCGCGCGUUCGGUCGAAGCAUUGCUCUGUGAACGUUCACCUUGGCAAUAUGCGGCGCUCAAUCGCACUAGCUAUCAGCCACAGCGUUUCACUUCUGGCGUUGGUUCGUCUUAUGCGGCAACGCAGCCGACUUGUGUGACUAUUGAGGAUAAAAUAAAUAAUGCGCGCAGCCGUCUAAUACUCGGCACCGAUAUAAUGCCACCGAAGCGUUUAACCUCAGUGAUCGAUGAUACCGAGCGACCGCCACCAGAUUUGGUAAAGCAAACAUUGAAGAAGUUCGAAGCGACGGCCAAUCGGCGCGGACGCGGGCCAAAUCGCACGAACGGCACCGGUGAAGUCGCCAGCAAAGUGGCAACCUACAAGACAAUCAUUAAGGAGAAUAAGCCUGCAAUAGUAUUUCCAAAACCACCGCUCAGUCCCACCAAGAAAAUAAAUUCGCCACUAUUAUCGAAACCAUUAGCCAAACCAGUUGUGGGCGCUAAUGAUUUGCUCAACAGUCCGUUAGGGCGCAAAACCACUGCCGCAGCCGCUGCCAAUGCCUCUGCGGCUGUGACUGGAAAUACGCAAGCUGCGACCUCAAACGUCGCAGCCGCCGGCGGCUUAUCAGAGAACUCACCCGAUAUCAUUCCAAGGCAUAAGCUUUUAACGGAAAAGAGCGAAUCGUUAUUGCAUGGGGUUGUCGAUUCGCCAGUGACAGCUUUAACGAAAAAGCUCGAAAAGCUGCGCAUUAACGCUGCCGAUAAACAACAACAACAACAGCUGCAAACAAUAACAACAAAGGAGACGAAACAGCCAGCACAGUUGAAUAAGCAGUCACAACACUCGGCACUCGAAGUAACCAGCAGCGACAACGAAUUCGUCAAUAGCAGCGAGUUAAACAACGACAACAAUGCUAGCAAUAGCAGCCAGCUCGUGGGUGGCGCUCAUGAGGGUGAAGCGGCGUGCGAUAGUGACGCAGCCCUCGAAGGCAACGAAAAUAGCAAUAACAACAAAACAGCAGCACCGACGAAACAGCAUAAUGAUCGUGCGGGCACGGGCACUGGUACUGGUAUUAGCGCUAGCGGCGAGUCAGCCGUAGAACCCGAUACAGCACAAGCAGGAACCGCCGCUAUUAGUAGUGAUCUUAGCGACGACGACGACGGACUGAUUGGUAUUGCCGCCGCCGCACCCACAAAACGUAUAACACGUACAGCACUCGAUAAUAUCGCACGCGCGGGCACAACACAACAAUUCAAAUUCGCAGGCAGCAGUGGACAAACGAAUGUCGGCAGCAAAUCAACUGUUGAGCCGCCAAAAACUAAACCGCAAACAAACUUGAAUCCCGAUAUACCCACAUCGGUAUUAAACGCUGCACCUGGUAAGCAAAUUGGGGUCAUACGCCCUUUACUCACCACCACAGCCGCACAACAAGCGGCCAACGCGAACACCACCAACUCCGGCUUUUCGCAUCAACAACAAUUGUUGCAACAACAUUUGGAAGCAUUGAAACAAAAUAACGUUUACAACAACACGUCAUCGACGCCCACAAGCGCCAGCAACGCCACAGCAACACAUUCCUCAAUUUAUCACAGCACACCGCCGCUGACGAGCCGCGAAAUCGAAAAGAAUCGUAUAAAUGAAAUGAAGAAAACCGUCGCCUUAGCCGAUGGUAGUCCAAUAACAGCCACAAUGGUCAACGCCAGCAACAAUGCCACUUCACCCGCCGCACAGCAUGCCGCAAAUGCUAGUCUAAAUACCGUGAUAAAUACCAAUGCGCCCGGUCAUAAGUCCAAUAACGCAGGCGCUACGUCGUCAACAGCGCCAAUAGUUGGCGGCAGUUCCGGCACUUCCGGUUUCAACGAGCUCGAUGCGGCAGCGCCAGGCGCUAAUAAUAGUCCCUUAUGGGCGUUACGUAUUAAACGGCAGACACCACCGAGUGUGCCACAGGAAAACACAUCGAUGGUGUUCAACUUCUCCAAUCGGAAAGAGGUGCCCGAUUAUAUUGAGAAUGACGGUGUGAUCUUUCGCAGAAAACGUGAAUUGCCCAAGCCAAAUGAAUCUGGUUUCGUGCUACUUGGUGAUCUCUCAUUGGAAACUUCAACAGACUCGGAUUAUGAUGAUUUCUCCAUGUGCCCACCAUCACCCUGCGAUGUUGAAUUCGAAAAUGCUAAUAUUGUGAUCGAUGGAAAGUCAAGCAUCCGACAGAAAUCCAAAGAAGCAACGUUCCGCGUACAAUUCAAUGAUACGCUCACCUCCACCUUUGAAUAUCCCUCUGAGGCAUCGCUAAUCAUUGACGAUUCCUACAGCAAUGAUGCGCUGAUAGGCGCCUAUGAAAACUUAUCAUUAAAUGACACAACGGAUUCUUCACCAGCGCGACACCAUCAUGUAGCCGUUGAUGAGAUUAUACAACUGCCAACGCCGGCGAAUACCUCAUCACCCGCCAAUAAUGCCAGCAGCGCAACAAAUACACCAACGAAAAAUAUACUGGGGAAUUUGCCAUUAGGUUCAGCACCACUUGGUUUUUAUACGCCUGUGAAAGCGCCCAUCGAGAGUCUCUUUCAACUGGGCGUAACGCGUGCACCUAAUGGUAAUGGUCAUCACGCCUUUAAUAACACCUCAACGCCCACAACGAACGGCGGCACCACCGUCAAAAAUAUAGCCACACAGAAUGGACAGAGUAAUGGCGUUUCGAACAGCAAUGGUGACGCUGAUGACACCGAAGAGUCGGAGAGUUUGCAGUAUAUAAAACCAGCGAACGAUGAUCUCACCAUUGCGUACAGCGAGGGUGCGCAGAAGACAGAUUUAUUGUAUUGAGUGAGUGUAAGGUUGCAAGCAUGAAAUUGCAAGGUGCCAGAUGCAGCGUGUGGAGCAGGCGAAAAGGGUUUUGAAAUUACUGAUAAUACUGGAUAUUUGGCAAGCAAAUGUCGGUGUCGAACUGCUUGUAGGUCCUGGCUGGCUGACUGGCAGCGCAUAUUCCGCCGAAGCGUUGCGCAUUUCGGAAUUGUUUAACUUUUGCGAAGCAGUUAAUGUCUGCACUAGUUUAUAAGUCGUUUAGGCGUGCAUUCUUCUUUAGUUGUAUGUAAAUUUUAUUAUAAUUCUAAUUUUUGCGUUUCUCUCUCUCGCUUAUUUACUUUACUAAUUUAGUUAUAUAAAUGCAUUUCGCAAUGAAUACAUUCUAAUGCACUUUUUAUGUGUGUCAAAUUAAUGCAAUGCAAAUUUUUUGUCUGUUAUAUAAAUAUAGAAAAAAAAAACAAAAACAAAAUGAAAAUGAAAUGCAAUCAUAUAAAAUAAAUAUUAAUAUGAAAAGUCUGUUUAGCAUACAGAAAUUUUUGCAACAUAAUUGUACUAGAUUAACUUUCAUAUACAUAUGUAUGUAGCAUUAGAGCGUAGCGAAAAGAGUGUGGUAGUGAUAAAAUAUACAGAGGAACAAGAUAAUUAAAAAUCAAAAUAAUAAUAAUGUCAGAAAAAUGUUUGUUCACAAUGUCAAAAAUGUAAAAAACUGUAUUUAAAGCAAGUUCGCAAGCUUAGUCAUACAUUUGUAGGAAUUUUUUCAUAAUAAUUUGAAAAAUUAAUUUUCUAUAUAACAUUGAAUGGAUAUAUGCCAUAAAUUAAAUAUUUUAAAAUCAUUUAAAAAUAUGAAAAUUGUCAAAAAAUUAUUUGAAAAUAUGAAAAUUUAAAUUAAUACGAACUUUUUUAAUUUUUUUUUUACUUAAAAAUAUAUAAAAUAUUCAAUUCAACAAAGUCAAUAUAUGAACAAAUCAAAUUUAGAAAAACAUACAGUUCUUGUUACCUAUAAAACUUAAAAAAUAUCCAUAAAUAUCAAAAAUUGCAUUUAAAUAAACUCAAAAACGAGCUUCAAUAAAAAUUCAAUUAAAUAAAACAUUAAAUUGAAGCGCAUAAUUGAGUAAAAAAAAAUAAAUUUAAAAAGUGUUGUUGAUCUCCAAGCUAAACUGAUUGAUGAUCGCAACCCUAACCAAAUGCGUUGCAUCUGCUGAAUUCAAAAAUAAAAAUAAAACACUUGUCAACUUAUGUAGUUUCGAAAAAAUCGAAAAUGCUUUAAAGAAAAAUGAAACAAAAGCGCGCGCUCUAAUUGCCGAUUUCAUACAUGCAUACAUAUUUAAUUUUUUGUAUUAUGUAUUUUACUUAUAAUACCUUCUAUUAAAUAAUAUUAUAUUAUACAUACAUAUACAUUGCAUACCAUUUACUAUAUACGAUUAUUAAUUAUACUAUUACUGAUUUACAUGCAUACAUACAUACAUAUUAAAUAUAUACAAUACCACAUACCGUACAUUUUUAGAUAUAAGCGAUUUAAAAUACAACAACGUGCAGUUGAUAAAUAAAAAAACAAAAGCGUAAUGUUACACAAACAAAGAAAAUUAUACAUGAAAAUAAAUAAAAGCUUAAAAGGCAUUUAAAUUUAAAAUAAAGUACAA